AUGGGAUCCCAGUCUGCAGAAGAAGACAUAUUAAUUGCGGAGCACCUUAAAAGUAGCGACAACACAGAGAGAUCAUCCAACCUGAAACGAAUAAGAUUUUUGAAAGAAUCUGAUAUCAAAAAUGAUUUUCAAGGCGAAUGUCCAGUUACAGAUGGAAUAUAUUUAGCAGCAGUCAAAAGUGUAUCUCCGGGAGACCCUGCGUUCAUUAUCAAAACAACGGGUUCUACAGGUUCCAGUAAAACUGUUUUGACUAGUCACAAAACAGCGGUGAACUUUGGGAUUUUUUGUGUUGAUCGCCAGGCAGCCAAAGAAGUGGUAUCCAAUGAACUCAACAUUGCUAUACCUAACCCUGUGACGGAUGAUAUUCAGCCUGUGGUAAUGACAUUAAACGCGCUUAUAAACUGGAGGACCUCCAAAAUCGUGUUAAAUCCCUCAUGGCUUGACUUUGGAUGCGAGGAUAUGGAGCGAUUUGGCAGUUUUCUCCAAGAUGAAAAAAUUAAACGUUAUGCUGGUUAUCCGUACGAAGUGAUCAAGUUAGUGAACUCAGAAUACGUCAAUCAGUUCGAUUUAUCCAAUCUUAAAUCGGUCAAUCUUGUGUCGCAAAUAGUAUCCAAAGAAAUGCGUGAGACAAUUUAUGAACAUUUUCCAAGUUCGUCGGUUUAUUACGGUGCUAGCGAGUGUUUAGUAGGAACGGCUACGUCUCCUGUCCACUCCUCCCCGGAACAACGCCUGGACUCCAUAGGAUACCCAUUUCCACAUACGGAGGUUAAAAUUAUUGGAGAAAAGGAUGAAAUACUCACAAUCAACGUACCCGGUGAAAUAUGUAUAAAGGGGUUUGGUAUAUUUUAUGGAUAUUUAAACAAUGAUGAGUCAGAGACAGGUCCCUUGGACACAGAGGGAUGGUUGCAUACUGGAGAUGUUGGUAGUAUGGAUGACACUGGACACGUGACCUACAUUGGCCGGAAAUCCGACUGCUUGUUUUUCAAACAUGGUGGAGAUAAAAUUUAUCCCAAACAACUGACUGAUAUCAUUUCUGCCCAUUCAGAUGUCUUAGAAUCAGCG